AUGUCUUCCAACAUGUUUCAGUGCGAAUCUCUCGCGCACCGAGAUUCUUUCCGCCUCCUUCAUCUGGAGCCUAGUCCCAACCACAGCGCAGAUCUCAAGGGUUCGUUACAUCACGCUAUACUCUCAGACUGUGGCUAUGACCUGAUCGAGCCCUACACCGCUUUAUCCUACGUCUGGGGCGAUGUAAGCCAGAAGGGAGCGAUACACCUAGGUGAUAAUGCCAAAGAAAUCACGGCGAGCCUGGAAGCUGCUCUCCGAGACUUGCGUGACAAGAGCCGAGUUUGUCGGAUAUGGGCUGAUGCUUUGUGCAUCGAUCAGUCAAAUAAUGCCGAAAAGGGAGUGCAGGUCGCACUCAUGGGGAGGAUUUAUACUACUGCGCAUCAUACUGUAAUUCAUCUCGGCAAGUCGCCUCCGGGAUUUGAGAAAUUGUUCAUGGAUCUCAGAGCUCAAAGUCAGACAACGAUGCAUGGGAACAUGUCGACCCUUAGGCGGCUUUCAUUGACUGCGGAUGAGAUCGAUGGGAUGCGACGCAACCUCCUAUCGAAGCCAUGGUUCCGCAGAGUCUGGGUUUUCUAA